UCUUAUCAAUAGAUAGUGUCCACACGAUUUUUGUUUCAUCGUCGCCAAAUAUUUGUGUGUUUAAUCUUUAAGUGAGCAGUGUUGAAUAACGAAAAGGAUUUUUUUAUAGUGUUUGAAUUUUUAACAGAGUUCUGAUUUUGAGAUUAUUGUUGUUCAAAGUUAAAUAAAAUAAACAAUGGAAACAAAUCCUCCACCCCCAUACCCAGGCCAGACUCAACCAGUCCAUGUGAACGUCAUCAACGUGCAGCCCGUGGCAGGUCACUAUGUGACUGGCACCGGGAGCACGGUGUUGAUUGGCCAGCCAGUAGGAACUGAGCCAGCAUUGGUCGUCUGCCAAUCCUGUCGGCACCAGGUCAUCACGACGAUUGAGAUGCGACCAACUGCCCGAACGCAUUUAUGGGCCUUCUGUUUGUUUAUUGUUGGAUGCUGGCCUUGCAUGUGCAUACCCUACUGUACUCCAAGCUGCAUGAACAUCGACCACUACUGUCCAAACUGCAGAGGCUAUAUCGGCAAGUACGAGUACUGAAGAGCUAUUUGACCAAUGGAUGCAACAUACACUGUUUUCGGAUCUGGAGUUUCUGGCGGGCGUUUUGUGCUGAUGGUUCUCUCUACCAAGUAACUUGUAGUUUAUAAUCAACUUUAAUGGUCUAAAUAGGAAUCAUAAAUAGAGGAAAGUUCAUUGACAUUGGAAAUCAACUUUGAUAGACUUCGAUCUGGUGUUUUCAUGGUGGAAGUCCUGUUUCAUCGUAUUGUUUUAGUUCUUAGUAGACUAUCUCCCGUAAUAGCCUAUCAUUUUUGACAUAAGAGACAAAAAUUUAAAUGCAAAUAAAAAUAGUACCUAUUCAAAGGUUGGUAGAGAUUGGAUUUGUAUGACAAGAAGUUUAUAAUUUUGUUAUUGUAUCUAGCUAAUAUGGUGAGCAGUGUUAGUAGAAUCUAACGAAAAAUAGAAGUUUAAAGGUGUACUGGUCAUAAAUAUUAAUUAUGUUUUUCUUUAUAAUAAUAACUAGUCCACGAUUAGCCAUAUAUUUGAAUGCUCAAACUAAAUAUUCCUUUGUGGAAAAUAAUGUGGACAUUGGAUUCUUUUAUCCAUAGUCUGAAAUUUUUUUACAAUCUUUAAUUAAUCUGAGAUAAUAAAUAAGUGAUAAUUAUGAUAUCGAUAAUAAUUAAUGCCUUAAAAGUACCUUUUUAAUUGUGAUAAGGUAGAAAUGUACAUCAGGUGUUGUCUGUGUCGAUAAAUUGAACAGAAGUGGUUUUUUGUGUACUUACUUACUAACUUAUGUAAAAAUUAUUAAUAUUAACUAAAAAUCACGGUUUAGUCACAUAUAUUAAUGUAGAAAAGCUUUACAAGUUUCGAGUCACAGAGGGCUCUUCAUCAUGAGCAGCGUGCGCAAACGCAGCGACGUCAUGCAGCCAACUGAUUUUUAUAGUUACGUGAUUUUUAGUUUAUUUAGUAUGUCUCUCGAUAGUCAUUAUAAAAAUAUUAUUAAUAUCAUUUAAAUGUUGGAAUUACAAGUAAAAUUUAACUUAAUGUUCAAUGUUUUUUUUUAAAGAAUUUUAUCCAUAUCCGGUUGUAUCAAUAAUGUAAGUUGAUUACUUAUCUAUCAGUACUUAAUAUUAUCAUUUUCAUAUGAUUAAUUUUAAUGUCCAAAAAAUUUUUCAAUCUUUUAUUGCAACGCAGUUUCAUCAAAUAUUUCCAGCUCAUUUUAGCUCAGUCAUCAUGAACACCAAAAACAUGCAAAUGAAAUUAGUUUUUAAUACUCUUAAAAUAGAGUAUGAUUUGUACAAAACUGAUGAGAACCAGAUUUUAUUUAUUGUUAAACAAAUAAUGAUCUAUAAUGCAUUUUGUUAAUAUAAGUUGUAAAUAUGAAAUAAAAUAUUUUUAUUUUA